AUACUUGUGAAAACUUACAUACAGUCCCUUUAAUGAGAUUAAUGAGAUUUAUAACGUGAGCUUUGUGUUUGUGUCUGAAACUACACUCAUCUGCCGAAAGCUCCAAAUUGUCUUGAAAAAAAAAAGCAGUGACUUGACCCAUGAUAUCACUUUGUGUGUAGUGUUUUUUGUUUUCUGAAUAUGCAUCGAUGGAAGUGAAGACUUGAUAUCCAUAAUUAUAUAUUCAUUAUUUGAAAUCUCUAGAGACAGAAUCAUGUGUAGUUUUUGAAACAUGGACUUCGAGUGCUUUUUUUACUAUACAAUUAAUUCCUUGCCUGUUCAUUGUACAGUGACUGAUUAGAUAUGUCUUCUUCAAAGAACUGACGCAGACAUGAAACAGAUGAUUUACUGUUGCAGUCACUUUUAUCAGUGACACACAGUACGCAUGUCCUUGGCUUCCCUCCAGUGCUGAUUUUACUUUCACCCUUUGCACCUUGAAAAGUUUUCUGUUUUCCCAGCCCUCAGCUGUCACAGUCAUGCUUUCUCUGUCAUUACGGCAAACGUUAAGGCCCCUCCUCCUCAGGGUUCCAGGAUGUUCGGGCCGAGAGGGGCGGGUCACGGCGGAGUGGUGCAGGCGAGGCGUCAGCAGCGCCGGCGCCAGCGCCAGCGGGUGGACGGGGCAAGAGAGCCUGGCCCGGGACGACCCAGAGAUGUGGAGCCUCCUGCAGCAGGAGAAGGACCGGCAGUGUCGGGGACUGGAGCUCAUCGCUUCAGAGAACUUCUGCAGCCGUGCAGCGCUGGAGGCCCAGGGCUCCUGUCUGAACAACAAAUACUCUGAGGGAUACCCAGGACAAAGGUACUAUGGCGGUGCAGAGAUCGUUGACCAGAUUGAGCUGCUGUGUCAGAAGCGAGCGCUAUCCGUCUUCGGUCUGGACCCAAAUCUUUGGGGCAUCAACGUCCAGCCGUACUCCGGAUCCCCUGCUAACUUUGCAGCCUACACAUCUGUACUGAAGCCUCAUGACCGCAUCAUGGGCCUGGAUCUGCCCGACGGAGGACACCUCACCCACGGCUACAUGACAGACACCAAGAGAAUCUCAGCCACCUCCAUCUACUUUGAAUCGAUGCCUUACAAGCUGGAUCCCAAAACAGGUCUGAUAGAUUACGACCAGCUGGAGAAGACGGCCCGACUCUUCAGACCCAGACUCAUCAUAGCAGGAACCAGCGCCUACGCUCGCCUCCUCGACUACCCUCGCAUGAAGAAGCUGUGUGUGGAGCUUAAUGCCUACCUGCUGGCAGACAUGGCUCAUAUCAGCGGCCUGGUGGCAGCAGGAGCCGUUCCCUCUCCUUUCCAGCACGCCGACCUGGUUACCUCCACUACCCAUAAGUCCCUGCGUGGAGCCAGGGCAGGUCUGAUCUUCUACCGGAAAGGUGUGCGGUCUGUGGAUAAGAAAGGUCGGGAGGUGACCUAUGACCUCCAGGACAAGGUGAACUUUGCCGUGUUCCCGUCACUUCAGGGAGGACCUCACAACCACGCAAUUGCAGGGGUGGCCGUCGCCCUCAAACAGGCUUCCACUCCCAUGUUCAAACAGUACAUCGCUCAAGUGCUGCUGAAUGCUAAGACCAUGGCUAACGCUCUGCUGAAGAAAGGAUACACCCUGGUGUCAGGUGGAACAGACAACCACCUGGUCUUGGUUGACCUUCGACCUCGCGGGAUGGACGGGGCUCGAGCUGAGAGGGUGCUGGAGCUGGUGUACAUCACCGCCAACAAGAACACCUGCCCCGGAGACAAGAGCGCUCUGACUCCAGGAGGACUCCGGCUCGGAACGCCGGCUCUCACCUCCAGACAGUUCAAGGAGGCUGACUUUGAAAAGGUUGUGGAGUUUAUUGAUGAAGGGAUUCAGAUCGCACUGGAUGUGAAGAAGAAGACUGGAAAUCUGGCCAGCUUCAAGUCCUUCCUGCUGGAGGACAAGGAGACGGUGUCACGCAUCGCAAUGCUCCGCCAGCGGGUGGAGCUAUUCGCCAGGCCCUUCCCCAUGCCCGGGUUCACUGACCACUAACAACACCACACACACAGAACAGGCAGUUUCCCCACCACAUCAUGGACGUUUCCUUUAAUACUCCUCUAAUGUCUCUUAAUGAUGUUGCCAUGGAAACAAGCAUCUGUCAGUGGAAACUUGUGUGCAGCAUCCAGGGCCAUUUCUGCACGCAGUCACAUUUAAAUAUCAACUAAUGACAUUAUAUCUGCCAAAUAACAUGAAAAAUACAAUAUGAUUAAUAAAGCCUGAUAGAUUAAAAGUCACAUAAUUGCCAGAUAAUGCUGAUAUAAUGUAAGUGAUUAUUAAUGUAUGUGUCAGCAACUAUAACUCCUCUUGGGAGGCGUCCAUGAGUGGAGGUUGCUUCAUAAACAGAUAAUGAAUGAUGAUAUAGUAAAACACAACAGUUGCAAUAAUAUAAAAUAUGUCUUCAUAGGAGAAGUUAUAAUUGUUGACAAAUGCUGUGCAUUAAUAAAUAGUUAAAAA